ACUCCCCAUUUAAGAUAUCCAAACCAUGCUUAGCAAAUUAUCCUACAAAUUACGUAUUUAACAACGUUGUAGGCCUUGAGAUUAAGAGAUUAAAAUAGAUUAUGAUGAACGAUAAAGGGAUUCCAUCAUCCUAGUAAAAUUGAUAAGGGCUAAUGUGCGUUCAGAGGCAUUUCUGUAGCCAAACUAUCUAUUGUAUCUAUAACAAAAUUUGACUAAAUCAAAAUCAUCAAUUUAUUUAAUCGGUGAGGUAGGGUAGGCUAUACUGAAAUGUUUCAAUUGGCGUUUCACAUUCAAUGCAUCGAACUAAUUCCAAAUUCACUCCAAGGAAGCUAUGUGAGCGAUAGGGUAAUCUACUUUAUAAUGUCUACAUUGAAAUACGCGAGAAAUUUCACAGUGACACAGUUCACAUCUAGACAAUUGCAAUAUGAUUUGAUAGUUCGAAUAUAAUGAAUAUGUCAGAUAAAAGGCUUAAAUAGAAAUCUUAUUAAAGCAAUGCAUUAACCAAAUUCCACCCCAGAUUGUAGCCUAACAUGAAUAGACUCUUCUGGUUAUACUAACACUACAGACAGAAAUAUGAAAACAAAACUAUUUCAACACAAUAAUAAUAGACUGCUGUUAUUGCUCUAAAAUUCUAAACAAUUCCAAAAUAUUAGACUUUUGCUAUGUGUAAUAACUCGUAUUCAUUUGUAAUGGUCCCCAUGAACAUGUUCUUCUCAUCUCCAUCUUUCUAAGGAAUCGUUUCUCUAUUCAGAGAUGCAUUGCACUCACAGUGCCACAGCGCCUCCUCCUGGCUGCCACAAUACAACCUGUCAAACUUUCCUGGACACCAACAAGGGGUUCAAGCUUUUGUUCUAGACUAGCACUAAGACACUUGAUCACAUACUUAAUCAACUAAUCAUCAAGCUCGUGAUUAGUUGAAUGAAUCAGACAUUUGGUGCCAUUUGAAAGCACCAAAGUUCUGAUUCAUUCAACUAAUCAUUCUCAUCGCAUCAUGAUGCUGGUAUGGCAGGCUAUGACAAAACUAGGAAGAUUAUUGACUUUUGUAUUCCUUAUAAUCAUUCGUAAUCUGUUAGUAUUAUGAACAGUAAAUGUGAUGUAAUGUAUUGUAUGUUAAUCCCUUAUUUUUGAUCCCAAACAACUAGCGCAAUAUAACCAACAACAAACAAACAAAGAAAAUAAAUAUAUAUAGCUUAUUAAAUGUCGAAGAAAUAUAUUUUUUAUUAUAUAUUUUUUAAACAAAAAGACAAAAAGAAGCAACAAAACAAGAGAUGAUGCAAACAAAUGUAUGUAACUCAUGAAAGAGAAAAUAAACAAAACUAUAUCGUUUUUAAAGCUUAUCUUGAUUUUUUUUAAACGCAAUACUAGGCUACAGUACCUGACAACUGGACGUGCAAUACCAUUCGUAACGACAAGGUGGCAGAAUGUCCCUCGAUAUCCCUGGACCUGGUUGGUUAAAACAGGUCAAGGACAGUGCAUUAACUGCAUUUCAGUACAGAUGUUGAAUAUCCCAUUAUUGCGCCACGGACCUUGUACAAGCUUUAUGUUGAAUCUGAUGCUGUUUCAAAUGUCUACGAUUAAUCAGAUUUACUGUCAAACACUUACCUAGAUUAUGAAUUGUCUACAUGUUUUUUUCUGUGAAUGACAAUCAAAAUCCGGCACUUCUUUAUUGGAUUAAAUGGGACUCGUAGGCUACCUUGCUUUCUAUGGCACCCGUCAAAAAUUGUGACUGAUGGUUUCAAUGUGAUUGGAUUAUUCCAGUUCUUGUCCCCAUAGAGUCAUCAAGCAACCGUUAUUAAAGUAGCCAACCUACACAAUUAUGCUAUCCAGUCUGAAAAUGUCGUUUAGGUUCGUUUUGUCUCCAUUGCGUUUGCAGGGUUUCAUACUUAAAUUGAAUCUAUCACACAAUUGACUUCAAUGUCUGAAGUUAUGCUAUUUAGAUAUUGUUUUCCUGUCAUGGCAUUUUCUUGUAUUUGGUGGCAAGGUACAUAUUCCUGUUUCACUGUGUUAAGCGCCAAAGCGUCGCGCCAUGAAUUUCAUUUCAACUGAAGGCUGUUCUAUCGGUGCGCGGUGGGCGGGGGUAUUCAGCGAAUGGGAGAGGCGACUGAAUCCAUGUCAUCUUCUAAACUCGAAAGCGAUUGCGGGAGAACCACUUCACAUUUUCCAACAAUUGCAUUGGGCCAUCAUCAAAGUGGCUUUUGAAGAGAGCAGAAACCACCUGUCAGCCAAAGAUGUUCAAACCUAAACUCACCGCUGUUGCAGCCCUGCCGUUGCAUCCAAUGAUUGGCAAUAUGAAUUGUCUAGUUACUUCUUCACUGGAAUGUGUACAAGGACAUUUUUGGUAAUACGACAAGAGCGCAGAUAUGUCGGUUCCUUUACUGAAGAUUGGAGUGGUGUUGAGCACGAUGGCUAUGAUUACUAACUGGAUGUCGCAGACGUUACCGUCCUUGGUGGGACUUAACACCAACAAGCUCUCGGUAGCAUCAGGAGGGACAGCGGACCGGAGCACCGGCGUGCUCCCAGCCAACCCUGAGGAGUCAUGGCAGGUGUACAGCUCAGCCCAGGACACAGAGGGCCGCUGUGUCUGCACUGUGGUGGCGCCUCAACAGUCCAUGUGCUCGCGGGACGCCAGGACCAAACAGCUCCGACAGCUGCUAGAAAAAGUCCAGAACAUGACCCAGUCUAUCCAGGUGCUAGACCAGCGGACCCAGAGAGACCUGCAGUACGUGGAGAGGAUGGAGGUCCAGCUGAAAGGUCUAGAGACCAAGUUUAAACAGGUGGAGGAGAACCACAAGCAGAACAUUGCCAGGCAAUACAAGGCAAUAAAAGCGAAAAUGGAGGAACUUAGGCCAUUGAUACCAGUGUUGGAGGAGUACAAAGCCGAUGCAAAAUUGGUAUUGCGGUUUAAAGAGGAGCUCCAGAAUCUGACGUCUGUGCUAAACGAACUCCAGGAGGAGAUCGGCGCCUAUGACUACGAGGAGCUACAAAACAGAGUGUCAAAUCUUGAAGAGAGGCUUCGUGCAUGCAUGCAAAAAUUAGCAUGUGGGAAGCUGACAGGGAUCAGCGAUCCAAUUACCAUUAAGACGUCUGGAUCAAGGUUUGGAUCCUGGAUGACUGACCCCCUGGCUCCUGAAGAUGACACUAGGGUGUGGUACAUGGAUGGCUACCACAACAACCGAUUUGUGCGGGAGUACAAGUCCAUCUACGACUUCAUGAAUUCCGACAACUUUACAUCUCACCGCCUCCCCCACCCGUGGUCAGGCACUGGCCAGGUGGUCUACAACGGCUCCAUCUACUUCAACAAGUUCCAGAGCCACACCAUCAUCAAGUUUGACUUCAAGACCUCUGUCAUCAGCAAGUCACGCCAGCUGGACUACGCCGGCUACAACAACAUGUACCACUACUCCUGGGGCGGCCACUCAGACAUCGACCUUAUGGUGGACGAGGGCGGGCUCUGGGCCGUUUACGCCACCAAUCAGAACGCAGGGAACAUUGUCAUCAGUAACCUGAACCCCAACACCCUGCAGAUCGUCAAGAGCUGGACUACCAACCACCCCAAGAGGAGCGCAGGAGAGGCCUUCAUGAUAUGUGGCACGCUGUAUGUCACCAAUGGCUACUCCGGUGGGACCAAGGUGUAUUAUGCCUUCAACACCAACUCUUCCACCUACGAGUACAUUGACAUACCGUUCCAGAAUAAGUACUCUCACAUCUCCAUGCUGGACUAUAACCCUAAAGACAGAGCACUGUACGCAUGGAAUAACGGUCACCAGGUGCUUUACAAUGUCACCUUGUUCCACGUCAUUCGGUCAGAGCAGGAGCAGUAGAUAGCUAGCCAUGCUGUCACCUUCUCAGUCACCGGCAGACCUGGGGUCAAAUACUAUUGGAUAACUUUCAAAUACUUUUAAUAUUUGCGGCAGACUGCCUGGAGUGCAAGAUGGGCAGGGUUUGCAGUUUUGCAACAAUUGUAUUAAUUCCAUUAUACCAGGCAAGCCUAAUCAAGCCCGGCUAUAUCAAGCAAAUUUGAACCCAGGUCUGGUCCACGGAUGCUUCAAAGUAGAGGAGAUACUAUAUGUAACUGUGGAAGUAGAGAAGUAUCCUAUAUUUUACUCAGUAACAAGAAAUAUAGUACCUAAUGAUAUAUCAUGUAUAGAAACAAAGAGUAAAACAGGAACCGAAAAGGUCAUGCCUUUCUUGUUUUGAAUGACUUCAAAUGGCUUAUAAUGAUUGUGUUUUUAUGGAAUUACCCACUCUUGACUUGUUUUUUAUUUGAUCACAUAUAGUACAGCCUAUUGUAUCAUAGUUUCGAAUUGAAUUAUAUUUGGAAUUGAAGAGAGAUUAUAUCCUGGGCCUUGUUUAUCAACCUGUAUAAAGCCAAACUGUAGGACACAAACACACAAUCAUGACCAUUUUCCCCAGGUGGGUGAUCCACAUUAAUUAAUUAUAUUACAUGAUCAGAUGGUAAAGAUGGUCAAAUGUAGCAGAAAUGUUCCAUGUAACUCGAUUCCUGUUUCUGUAAAGGUGGAGACUAGUGAUCGUCCUAACACAGAGCCAUGUGCAGAAUAGAAAUCAAAUUCUAUCCCCAUGUGUUGGUAGCAAAAUAUCUAAUUGGAAAACGUGUAAUGGCACCUCAAAACAUGUACUCAGUCUUUCCUGCGCAAUGCAAACUCUCAGGAACCAAUAUAACACAACCCGUCGUUUGCAUGGAGUCAUCUACACGGACAUUAUAGGAUCUGAGUAUGAUUGAUAAAGAAGGCCCAAUGGAGCACAGUUUCAAGAAUCCAGUCAAACCAUGAAGUAAUGACAAAAUACUGUACCGGUAUAUCUGGGAACACCGACUACAGACUGUUGGAAGCACCCUGUUUCAUUUCUGUGUCUUUGUGAUUUUUCAAUGUAUUUUCUCUUUUUCUAUCUUAUUUUUGCAUGGGCAUUUUUACCGACCAAAAUGGUUUUCUUCUCCGGAUGUAUUUUGCAAUAUUUGAUGCUGUAGUGCAGGAGACUAGUUUAGCACUGUUAGGAGACAGGCUUUUUACUUUCUUAUUGUCAUUGGGGUUGAUAUAUGUUCUUAUUGUUGGUAUUGAUAUUUACUGUGAUAGCCUGUCUUUGUAGAUUGGAUUGUAUUGACAUAAUUUGUCUAGCUCAUAUAGUUCUGUCUGGCAAAAUUACUAUAACAAUCACAAGAGAAUGUCCCAAACAAUGUAUCUAGGACCAGUGACAUAUCCACUGGCUGUUUUAUUCCGUUUGACUUCACAAGUCUACUGUCUGUUUCUUAGAGAGAUCAAUUGUGACAUCUUAUUCUGUUGAGCUUGCAUAUGUGUUGUAUCUGCAAUAACAUUCAAAUAAAUAAACAAGAUCUUUGUUCUA